AUGAAGAGCCUGUUAAAGAACGCGGAGCCGUCCACUUCGGGCGGUCAGAGCGGCGACGGCAAGGGCGGUAAGGUCCUCUCUGAGAAUAUUCGUCGUCUGCGGUUCAUGCAGGACAAGACUUCUUCAGCUGCUGCCUCUUCGCGGCCCAACGCAUCUCCGCAAGGAGGAGCUGCCCUUUCAGCUCGCGCCUUCCACCAGCAGCAGCUGCGGCUGCUUCAGCAACAGCAGAAACAGUUCUACGAGUUGCAGAGAUCGCAGGGCGACAAGAAGCAUCCCAAGAAAGAAGAGUCAGCUGCCUCCGCCGCUCCGCCUGCCUCGCUUGACCCACACGUGCCUGCCCCCUCCGCUUCGGCGUCUUCGUCUGCGCCUCCACUGUCUCGCAAACAACUCGAAGAAGUGAGGAGCCGGCAACUUGAGGAGCUGAAGGAACUGAGGCGGCACUGGUGUGCCCCGGGCUCGGAGUGCGCAGAGGACAUCUACGAACUCCAAAAGGAGGAAGACAUGCAACUCCAGCUUCAGAUGGGGUCGCUGUCUUUCGAGUCCAAGCGACAAGCAGCCGCGCUGGUCGUUACAAGGCGCGCAUACGGAGGCAUGAAUCCCUACGUUGAAACGACGAUGCGAAGCAUCGUCAAGAAAGCGCUGCAGCUGGAGAGAAGGCAAGAAGAGGAGCGAGAAGCGAAGCGGUGGCAAGCGGCACACAGCGGUCGACAGAACAUUUCUGAUCGAUAA